AUGGUUCAGGAGGAUGCAACAACGCCGACGGAAAGAAUGUUUGAUGACCAAGUCGCCUGUCGCAGCUCGAUGACGAAGGAGGAGGAGGAGGAGGAGGAGGGCCGCCCCCUGAACGCGAAUGCGCCUGAUGGCGUCGCUCCAGAUGGGACAGCGUCGGGUGAAAACGACGGGGAGCGCAGGACGAAAGGCAGACACAGUAAUAAUGAACGAAGGGGAGGUCCCAAGUCUGGUCUUGGGGUGGAUCGGAUACCAAACAUAGAGGGAAAGCGCGUGUUUCAGCUAACCGGCAAGGACAUUACGGAGUACCUACAGUACGGGGAUACACUGGAUAAACAGCUCGCAAGGCUUAGCGCACGUCAAGACGCAACUGCGCCUCCGUAUCUUACGUCCCGAAAUGCGUACAAAUGGAAACAAUACAAGACGGGGUUCAUCUACCUUACGUCCAUCUACCUUAUUGGGCAAGUUUCCGUGGAUUCAACAUCGAGAUAUUCCGACGGGGUUCAGGUGCGGACAGUUGAGACAGCACGACGCACAAUCCUUGCCCAAUCAUUAAACCCGCGCAACGCGAUUGAUCCAUCGACCAAGCAACUGGAAAAAGAGCGAUUUUCGUAUCAAUCGACUGCCUGCCACAACCGCAGCCCUGCAGCUGCCUAAUAUAUUAAACUAAC